AUGCUCGCACCUUCCCUCCGAUUGCGCAGUCCCCUCCAGCAUCAACUUCCACAAGCCUGGAGAAACCACCAAUACUUCCGACGAGUCCCACGAUCUUCAAGCGGAGCGGCACGAUGCUUCGCCCAGAAAACAUCAGAAGCCCAAAUCGGCGCUGGUACAACUACACCCGUCCCCGAUGAUGCGAAACCACCGAAAUUAAAGUCGCCGUUCUACUUCGAAGCUGGCUAUGCGCUGUUCGCAAAGAGGCCUUCACGGCCUUUUCCCCCGCCAUACCUCUCGCUACCUUCGACGAGCUUCUCUGAGCCCCUGAGUACACAUCAUAAGAGUAGAGAUCGGCGACCGACCGUCAAUGGACAGAUGAUACGAGGAGUUACGAAUGGCGACGAUGCGGUGCUAGUUAGUGAAAGCUUCAUCGGAGCAAAUGACGGCGUAGGAGCGUGGGCCACGAGAAAGAAAGGCCAUGCUGCGUUAUGGUCCCGUCUGAUCCUCCACUUCUGGGCCCUCGAAGUUGAUCAAGCGUCUUAUUCCCCCACCUCCCCACCCGACCCGGUCGCCUACCUCCAAACCGCAUACGACCUCACCAAGCAAGCCACUACCAAGCCCAACGAAUGGCAUGGCACAACGACCGCGUGCGGCGCUCUGUUAAGCUCCGACGAUCACAAACCAGAACACCCAAUCCUCUACGUCACACAGCUAGGCGACAGCCAGAUUCUUGUUAUCCGCCCAAGUAGCAAAGAAGUCAUUUUCAAAACGCAAGAGCAAUGGCAUUGGUUCGACUGUCCACGACAAUUGGGGACGAACAGUCCCGACACACCUGCAGACAACGCAAUCGUGGACCGUGUGGAGAUCGAGGAAGAGGAUAUAGUAAUAGCCAUGACCGAUGGCGUAGUAGAUAAUCUGUGGGAGCAUGAGGUUGUUACGAGUGUUCUAGAAAGUAUGGAGAAGUGGAGGGGCGACAAAGAGAAGGAUACAGAGGAUCAGACGUAUGCCGAUGGUAUGCAGUUCGUGGCGCAGCAGCUUGUCAAUGCUGCAAAAGCGAUUGCACAGGAUCCGUUUGCUGAAAGUCCGUAUAUGGAGAAGGCGAUUGAUGAGGGGUUGUCGAUCGAAGGAGGUAAACUAGAUGAUAUCAGCGUGGUAGCCGCCCAGUGCAAACGUCACAAAGGAUGA